AUAAAAUUGCAGACCGGAAAUGGAUUCUCAGAUGAAUCGAUUGCCGUAAAGAAGAGAAGAAGAAGAUUCUAGGGUUUCUUUCACUGCUAUAAACUAUUGGAUAGAGGGAAUAUAUCCUUUUGCUGAAGUCGGGAAGCAUGCCCUCAGAAUCCGUAAAUACGAACACAGUAGAACCUGAGGUUCACAGUGUUCUGCCAGCAACAAUCCGUUCUCGGCUUCGGUGGUGUGAUGUUGGGUAUGGUAUUGUCUCUCCAGUAGCCAUGUUAUUGGAGAGCUCAAAGUCUCCAGUUGGAACUGCCAAUGGAGGUGCAGGAGCCAAAGGAGUUUCAUCACAUGCUGAUGAUAGACUUGAUGAGGGUGCUAAUGUUAGCAAAGAAAUGCAAGUUAUGUCGACACAGAAAGGAUCUGAUGGAAAGCAUGGGCAAGAACAACAACAGGCUCAGAAUGCCACAUCUACAAUACCUCAUGUAAUUACUGAUUAUGCUGUGCCGCAUACCCACUUGGAACUUGGUCGUACAGUUGCUUGUGCAUCAUAUCCAUAUCCAGAUCCUUAUUAUGGCGGGAUUGUGACUGCUUAUGGAACUCAGGCUCUGGUACAUCCUCAAAUACUCGGGGUGCAUCAUAGUCGUAUGCCUUUGCCCUUUGAAAUGGCAGAGGAACCUGUUUAUGUAAAUGCCAAGCAAUACCAUGGAAUUCUGAGACGAAGACAGUUGCGUGCAAAGGCCGAAUUGGAAAAGAAAUUGAUAAGAGGUAGAAAGCCGUAUCUUCAUGAAUCUCGUCAUCAGCAUGCUAUGAGAAGGGCGAGGGGAAGUGGGGGUCGUUUCCUCAACACAAAGAAGCUAAAUAGCAUUGCUGCCAACCCCAACCCCAACCCCAACCCCGAGAAGGUAACGGAGUCAAGCCCAGGUGCUCCCAUGCCGUCUGUGAGCUUGUCUGAUUCUGAACACUCACUGUCUGCUUGCACCCGGGGUUCCUCCAUCACCCAGCAAGAAGUAAAAGGACUCACUUCAACAACGCAGGAUAUGCACGAACAGAUCAUGUAUUCCAAUGGGAAUGGCUGUUACCGGCAACAUUCAGACUUCCACCUGGCAGCCUUCCAUAACCUGUCAGUCAAAAGGGGGGAAGAAAGUGAUUGCUCACGGCAGCAGCAAGGUGGCUUGUGUGUGGGCCAGGCCCAACACAGGGCCCUCACCAUCCAAUAAACCCCCUUUGUACAGGGUCCAAGGGUGUAGAGUCUUCUCUCGUUUGUGGCACAUCCAAAACUGGAGCAUCAUCGGGCAGGCAUGCUGGAGUCAUGGGGCCCACUUGCAACCAGAGCAGGAAACCCUUGUUUGUCUGCAGUUUCUAAGGCAAUUCAUUCUUGGCUUGUUUUUUCUUCUUAUGCUUUUGAGGAGACGGAGAUUGGGAGAAAGGCUAGUAUGUGUGUGGAGUUUGACAGACCUAGGUAACUUCCCCUGCCUUCUAUAUAAAGUGGUAAAAGGCUGUGGUAGAAUGUAGAACUGAAUUAGUGUGGAAGAUGAGAAGAAUCGGUAGCUCUUUCCUUUUUUACAUGUAUAUUGGUGUUUUGAGAUUCCAACAAAUCAACAUGAUCCAGGUAUGUUAGCUCCUGUAGUUCAAUGAAAGUCGCCUAUCAUUCUCGUUA